CUGUCAAAGUCACCUGACAGUCAGCUGUCUAGCAGUGAACGCACACCUCGGACACACUAAGUGUGUUAUUGUUAUGAGGUUUAGCUCGUGUUGUGUGUAGUGAAAUGUGAUUGUGUUUAGCUGGACAGCUCGCUUAACGGUGCUUUAGUGCUGAGAGAUGAAAAUGUCAGGACCAAACGGAGAUCCCGAGGUUCCAGCUGUUGAAGGAAUCAUCGAGGAUGAGGAUGAUUUUAAUGAAGAAGAGUACGCUGCCAUUAACUCCAUGCUGGACCAGAUAAACUCAUGCCUGGACGACUUGGAGGAGCGGAACGAUGCACUGAAUGGAAAACUGCACGAGCUCCUGGAGUCCAACCGACAGGCUCGUCAGGAGUUUCGAGCUCAGCUCAAUGAAAAGAAAGUGGAGGAGCAGAAACAGCCACCGUCUGAGGGAUGACCACCGAGCGGACGCUGAAGUCCAGUCCUGACUCAUUCCACUGGCAUAAAGCUGUACUGUAUUUGUAUUUAUUUUUACUGUACAAUGUACAAAUGUCUAGCUUUGUGUGACACCCUUAUAUGUACAGCUGUGUUUCUUCAUGUUACAUAUUUUACUGUUAUUUUAACUAAAUGAGAUGCAUUUGAAGAUGAAUGCUUUUAAUGUUUCAUAAAUCACUCCAAAAAAAAAUAAAUAACAAGAGCUCAAUCAUCAAAUAUUUUAAUAGACAUUAAAAUGCAGAAAACAAAUAUCUGGAGGAGAAAAAAAAAUACAAGAUGCUUCCAGCUCCUAUAAAACAACCUUUUUUUUUAAUCCUUAUUUCACUUGUAGAAUAAAAAUAGAUUAUGAAAUGUA